AUGUCGGUCAAGAGGGCAAUCACCGUCCUGGUGAUCCUCAUCGCCCUCAUCCUCGCAGGCACCGCCAUCGUCCUCAGCACCGUCGUGCAGUACUUUGGCGUCGACGCGAGGGAUGUCAUCCAGGAGCACGAGAUGGCGCUCGUCGAAAAGCUCGCGAACGAGGCCGCCAAGGCGCCGGACGCGGGCAAACAGCAUGUCGUCGUCCCCCCCGCGGACGAGGCGACUGCUGAGCCUGCUGGCGUGCUAGUUGAGACGGACGCAUCGAGGGACGAGUCGGUGAAGGACCUGUUGCAGCGGCUGGAGGAGCGCGGAUGGCUCGCCGACAACUCGACGUUGGCGGCAGUCGCGGCGGCGGGAGAGGGAGGACGCGACGACUUGCCGCAGCCGCGGAUACCCAAAAUUAUCCACGCGACGUGGAAGACCGACAUCCUCCCCGAGCGGUGGGAGAAGGUCCGCCAGGGCUGCAUCGACCUGCACCCCGACUACGAAUUCCGACUGUGGUCGGACGCGGCCUCGCGCGCCUUCAUCGCCGAGCACUACCCCUGGUUCCUCUCGACCUUCGACGGCUACACGUACCCGAUCCAGCGCGCCGAUGUGAUCCGCUAUUUCGUCCUGCACAAGUUCGGCGGCAUCUACAUGGACCUCGACAUCGGGUGCCGGCGCAACCUCGACCCGCUGCGAUACUUCCGCGUCAUCCUCCCGCAGACGAUUCCCGUCGGCGUCUCGAACGACUUGAUGUUCGCCGAGCCGGCACACCCGUUCAUGGACCUCGUCAUUCACAACCUCAUCACGUUCGACCACACCUACGGCACCAACUACCCGACCGUCAUGUUCUCGACGGGACCCAUGUUCCUUUCCGCGGUGUACGGCAUGUGGCCCAAAGACACGCCCGACGGUGUCGAGCGCCAAGUGCGCGUCCUCCCACGCCGGUGGUACGGCAAGAAUGCGCCCGCGACCGAGAUGGAAGACUCGUACUUUGAUCACUACUACGGGUCGUCCUGGCACGCCGACGACGCUGGGUUCAUCACCUUCCUCGGCAAAUUUGGCAUGGCGCUCAUAUACGCCGGACUCGCGGUCGUCGUACUCGGCGUCGCGCGCCUGCUCUGGUUCAGGCGCUCGCCGUUCAAGGCGACGCCGCGCCAGAUUGGCCCGAUCGCCCUCCCGUACGAGGCGCUCCCGUUCGCUCGCCGCGGCACGCCAGGCAGUCGACCCGGCUCGCCCUUCGGAUUGAGGAGCGGCACGCCGUCGAAUCAAUUCCGACGCAGCGAAGACGGCCCGUCCGCCUCGACCUCGGGCGACAAGCCCGGCGGGCUCUUCUACAUGCCGGUCUGGCUCUUCCCCUCGACCGACCGCUCGCCCGGCUCGCGCACGCCCGACGGCACGCACUCCACCAGCGCCUGGUCGCAGUACUUCCCGAACCUCUCGUUCGUCGACGACGGCUCGGGCUCGCAACACCGCUACCAACCCGUUCCGAACUUUUCGCGGCCGCCCAGUCCUGGCGCCGCGGGUGGGAACGACAACGACUCGAUUCUGCAUGCGCCUGGUGCGACGCACGACGGCGCGUUCGAUGGCGUUCACUUGCACUCGUUCCAGCCCACCAAGCCCGCCUCCGGUCACGACGCCUCGUCUUCGGCUUCUUCCGUUCACCACGGUUCUCAGUACCCCGCCAACAACCCACAAACUCCUACGUCCCCCAAUCCUCCGGCCUACUCGGCCCUGAGGAGCUGGGGGACGAGCCUCUUUCGCGGCUCUUCCUUUCCUCAGCAGCAACACGCCGGGAGCGACACCAAGCCGCCCAUCCUCCCGAUCUCGCACGCAGACGUCCGAGACGACGUAUCCUCCUCAGCAAGCGAGGACCGGUCCUUUCAGGCGCCUCGCCUCCGUCUCCCAGCCCACGCAGUCCGAACGCCCUUCCCGCCCGAGUACGCCACCGUCGUCGGCGCCGGACGCGCACCUCCGAGUCCCCGGCACGUCGAGCUUGAAAGCGACGGGACACCUCACGCGAGCAUCGAGGUCGUCGACGCUCGAAGCGGACCAGCUCGAACAAGGAGCGUUGAGCGCCGUUCAUCCGCUCCGUCAACUGCGGAGGCGGACGGGGACCGGUCCGUCGAGCGCCAGUCCUCCGGGAACGGGAGGGACAGCUCGAUCGAGGACCAGGUCGACGCCGAGCUCGCCGGCGAGGACGCCUUCGGUCGUCGAGCGGACGCAGCAGGGGUUCGGGCUCGGAGAGGGAGCGAUGCAGAGCAGGAAUUUGGACGGGUAGAGGAGGAGGUCGACAAGUUGUUGAGCGAGAUGUCGCCCGCCGAGGGCGAGGCGCCUUAA